AUGCUGCAAUCAUGCUUAUAUAAACACCCUACCGUGGUAAGAAUCACAACAAGAUGCAUUACGGAAAACCAUUAUAAAAACCUCGACUUGGAUCCCACUGCAGACCUGAAGCAGAUCAAGAAAAGCUUCAAGAGGCUCAGUAUGAAGCUUCAUCCGGACAUCCUAUUAUCUCAAGAAUUGCCCCAAGAUAUGCUUAGAAAGAAGAAAAACCACUAUCUACAGAUCAAGAAAUCCUAUGAGUUACUCAUGGAUCCUGAAAAGAAAGCCUCCUACGACAGAAAUAUCGCUGUGCGAACUGCUGCCGGUGCAAGGAAAGCUGCGUCGACCAACUCUCAAAGGGGAAACUUCUUCCACUAUACAAGAGUCAGAUAUCCGCAAUCAGUAGGCUACGACUUUGGCGAUUCCUCACAUUUCGACUCAAAGAAACAUAUGAAGCGUAACAUGGCUAACGAGCAGCGAAUAAGAGAGCGUAAAAUCAUCCAAUUUGGUGACUUGUUUCGUCACGACUUGAACACCAGAAAUAUCGCCUAUGGUGUUCACAAGGGACUACAUCAGUUUCACACUGGAAUAGAUGAGGCUGAAAGAGAAAAAGCGUUUCUUUGGAGAUUGUUUGUAGGUUUUGUGGGGAUGAUGGUGGCCUGGGAGUUGACGAUAGGUCGGGUGGACAGUGGCAAUACAUCUAAGAAAAAUGAAAUUCAUUAUUCUCCACACAGCGAGACUCACAGAGACGAACUGACCCCGUCACUCGCUUCAUCUGAGUACACUGCAACUCUUCUCUCGAACGCUAUCGAAGGUUCUGGUGGCAGAACCAAAAAGGCCAAUACCAAGUCCUGA